CUUUCGGGUAUUUUCGUGUGAACUCGUACGUUUGUCUCUCGAACGUUCAGCUGCCGCGCACAGUGACUGGAGUACGAGUGGAUUCUCGAACGGAAUAGAAGCAUAAAACUGCGGAGAAGAGUCAAAAGAAACGUAGUAGAGAGAGUGAAAGAAGUGUAAAUCGUGCGUGGUGUGAAGCUUUGGCUUCGGUCUGUAAGUGACCGAGCCAUGGCGAGUUUACAAGAACUCAAAGCUUUUUUUCCAGUCCGCAGUAUUUCUUCAAUUGUUCAAAUAUUCGAAAAACAAUUAUCAAAUAAUUCAGAACCAGAUCUGACAUUGCUCUCAAUACUUGUUGGCGCCGUAGAAAAUUCUCUAACCUGUAAUCGUACAGUUGCGUCGCCGGAAAAUACUAUUUAUGAUGAACCAAAGCUUCCAGCUCUCGAAUAUCACAUUGCUGAAGCUUUAUAUUCCAAGUUUCAUGCAGUAAUUAAAGGUGCGAUUGAUUUGACACUUUAUGACACAAAAUAUGCUACAAGAGAACUUGUUAAAAGAGUAUCAGACGUAAUAUGGAAUUCUUUGACAAGAAGUUAUUACAAAGAUCGAGCUCAUCUUCAGAGUCUUUACAGCUACCUCACAGCUAAUAAACUUGACUGUUUUGGAGUAGCAUUUGCUGUUGUUGCCGGUUGUCAAGUUUUAGGGUUCAAGGAUGUUCAUUUAGCAAUGUCCGAGGACCAUGCGUGGGUUGUUUGUGGGGAAGACGGCAGUGAAACUGUCGAGGUUACGUGGCAUGGCAAGGGAAAUGAAGAUAAGAGAGGCCAGCCGGUAGAGGCAGGUGUCGCGUCACGCUCUUGGUUAUACGUCAAUGGUCAUGCUGUUGUUUGUACGCGAGCAAUGGAAGUUGCAACUAUUGUAUCCGCGAUAAAUCCUAGUCUAAGUGCAACAGCAGAUGCUGCUGAGGUUGCACUUCUCCAGCAAGAACUUUUGUGGUUACUUUAUGACUUGGGUCAUUUAGCUAAAUAUCCAAUGGCUCUCGGCAAUCUUGGAGAUUUAGAAGAAGCUGCUCCAACACCCGGACGACCUCCUGCAAUCGUUCUUUUUCAGGAAGCAAUCAGGUCGGCGAGAAAGUAUUAUGGUAAUGCACACGUUUAUCCUUACACGUAUCAAGGUGGAUAUUUAUAUCGUCAUGGACUUCAUGCAAAUGCACUAUCUUCUUGGGCAGACGCUGCUGAUGUUCUAAGAAGGUAUGAUUAUACUCGUGAUGAUGGUGAAAUUUAUAAAGAACUUUUGGAAAUUGCAAAUGAAUUAAUACCUCAUACUGUGAGAGCUGAUGAGCGUUUGCUACGUCAGCCACGUUGUUUUGCUUAUCUCUUACGAUUUUACGAUGGAAUAUGCCAGUGGGAAGAGGGAGCAAAUACUCCAGUACUUCAUAUAGGUUGGGCGAGGCCAUUGGUAAAUACAAUAUCGAAAUUCGAUGCUAGUAUUAGAGCACAAGUGAUCAUAGAAUGUCACGAUUCUGAACCAACAUUCAAUAAACACGAUGACGAAAAUGGAUCGAGAAGGGAACCAACUUUGGAUGAUGGGUUUCAUAAUAAUAAUAAUACAACUACGAGUAAUAACAACAAUAACAAUAAUGCUACAAAUAAUAAUAACAAUAAUAAUAAUUACUAUAAAACGAAGGAAAGAAGCAGUGUUGCACGAGAUUUGAUAGCUAGGCUUGAAUCUAAAGUACCAUCAAAUGCUGCUCCAAUGCAUCCAGGAAUUCAAGCUUUGACUGCUGCUUGUAGUGAAAAAAUAUUAAAUAGGGAUUACCUUAUUCAAGGUGAUGGCGAGCCAUUUGUUGCUCCUCAGGACAAUUCUCUACCUCCAACACCUUCUACUUCCCAGGAAAGUCUUGACCCAGAAGUUGAAAUAGACUCUGAGAACGAAAACCCUAGGAUAACACUUUAUAGUGAGAAAAUGAAAGGACUUAAGGAUCUUUUACUGGCUGAAAAAUUAAACACUCAUGCAAUUUCAUUGCAAUUAACUGCACAGAGUCAAGUGCAAAUUGGAAAAAAGUCAAGAGGAACUGAUGAGAUUGGAGUACAUCAGCGUCCCAAGAGGACACGUCGAGAGUAAUAAUUCGAGCUUAUAUAUAUUUUUUCAAUCUCAUUAUUUCAAUUAUCUCAUCAUAAACUUCCUGCCACGCAAUAUUUUUUCGCUCUUUAGCCGACUCUAUACAGAUUCAAGACUUGGUGCUGAUUUAUCAGAAGUAUACGAGAUGAUGAUAAUAAUAUGAAAUAAAAAUUCUCAUAAUCAUUUGUCAGCCAGUAUAUAGAGCGUUAGAAUCUAUUAGUUUAUAAAUUGACAAUUGAUUAAUGAAAGAACGGAUGAUUUAAUUGAAUAAUUGGAAAAAAAAACUAAUUAUUAUAGGUGGUAGAUAUCAAACAUAAGUAGAAAAGUACAAAUUUUCUCUCCAGUGUCUUUUUUCUUUUUAAAUUAUAAAAUUGAAUUUCAUCACCGCGCGCUACUUGCCAUUCAUUUUUAAGAGUUUAUCAAGAAGUUAAUGCGAUAUAUAAUUCGCUGAAAAUUAAAGAUUACAUCUAAUUAAUCAUGAUAUAUAUGAAUAUAUAUUUUUAAUCGGUUUUAUUUAUUAUUCUAAAUAGUCUAUGUCAAAUUGAUAUUAUUCAUAGACUCUUUUUCUAUUUAUUUAUUAAUUCGUCCAAUGUUAUUCGAUUGCAAAUGCACUAAUUAUACUAUAAAUUAUUGUCGUUAAUCGAGAUAUUUAUUAUCAAAACGAAACAAAAAAGAAUCUAGUGAACGAGUUGCUACAUUCCGCUCCCUGCGACGUGCAAAUUAAUUUUAAUGAUUUUUUAUUUCGAGUCAUUUUAUAUAUAUAUAUAUAUUUAUAUAUUUUAUCUAUAUAUCAUGAGUAUAAACUAUUUAACGAUUUAAAAAAAAAAAAAGAAAAUAUUUAUUUCUUAUUUGCUUCUUUUUUUUUUAAUUUAAUAAUUAAACUAUAUAUCUAUUAGUUGAUUUUAUCUGCAAUUGCUUACAAAAAAUUUGCUUCUGCGCUUAAAAUGAACUAUUUACUACGCUUUGAAAAUUUAUUAUAAAUAUUUAUAUUGCGUAUUUUUUUACGCACAAAAUUUUUUUAUAAUAUUUAACUAUUGAAUCUGAAUAUUUUGCAUUCAAUUUUUUAUUAUAAAAAAAAAAUUUAAUUUUUUUCUCUCAUUUUGAAUGCAACUUUUUUUUUUUUUUUACAUUUUUUAUCACAUUAUAUAAAGUAAAAAAAAAUCAAUAUAAGUGUUUUAUUGUUUCCCGAGCAGACGUACAUGAAUCUAUCAAAUACGAGGGAAAUAUUACAAACGGGUUGUUGUAGGAUAUACUGUUAAACGUAUAGGGUGUGCUAUUUUAUUAAAAAAUAACGAAAAAAAAAAUAAAAGAAAUGUAUCCUCGAGUUUUAUCAGUUUUUAAAAAUAAACAGUUAAGAUCAAUAAAAGAAAAUAUUAAUUUGCAAAAAAAAAAAAACAAGAAAAUGAAAAUAAUGAAAAAAUAAAUAAAAAUGAGAUAAUAACAAAAAAAAUAAAUAAAUAAAUAAAUAUAUAAAUGAAUAAAUACUAAUAAAAAACGGGAUUAAUCAUUACGUUAUACUGAAGGGCGCUAUCAUGCUGUGAUGCUGUUAAUAUACUGUAUGAUAUUACUAUUAAUAUGACUGAGACGUUGUGAAAUGUAACGCAUGGUGACAAACAAAUUCCUCAUUAUUCUCAGUACUCUCUCUUAUAUUAUAAUAACUAUUAUUAUGAGUAUAAUUAUUAUUAAUGAUUAAUUACUAUUACUGAAUGAUGAAUUACUAAAAAUGCGGGACAUUGUUAUAAGUACACGUCCCUCUCUGUUUGAAGUAUUUACAAAUGAGAAUUAUAAAAAUUACAUAUUUAUAUCAUAGAUAAACUAUACAUUUUAAGAGAGUAAUAUAUGUAUGUGGGAGGAACAUUAUCCUGAAUGUAGAAAAUUAUUUAAGCUAAUUGAUAUUUAAUGAGAAAAGUCGUUUUUCUAAUGAUAAUUUUUUAGUAUCGUUAAAAAUAUAUUUUUUAAUAGUAUGUAUGUAGAUGAAUAGUAAAUUGCCAAAAUUUAUAAAUAAUUUAUUAUUACUCAAAUAAUUUCUUUUACAUUCAGGUAAUUUUUUCUUAACAUGCAUUUAUAAGAUUAAAUAUUGAAACAAAAAAAACAAAUAAAACAAAUUCCAUGGUGUGAGCAUAAAAAAAAAAACUUUGAAAUUGUUAAAAAGAUAUGCCAUUUCCAGUAUUUGAACAUUUUAUCAACGUGACAUAUUAUGAAUAAGUAAGAAUUACUGUAAAGAGUAUCGAGUAUGAUACACAGCAGUGUGUGAUAUAUGUGGAAUAGACAGCAAAGAGUAUUUUUGUAUUGGUAAAGCUGCGAUUCCGGUUAUUUCAACCACGUGCUGUUUGUGUGAUGCUGGAUUAUAACCAGUGAUUUUGUCUUACUCAAUAUUAUUUACCACACUGCGCGGCCUGUUAAUUAACAUUCUUACGAAUAUUCAUUUAAUAAUGAAAAAAAAAAAAAAAUAAAUAAAACAAAAUAAAAAUAUUAAGUACACGUACAGAAAAAAAAAUCGUACGAAUAUAUAUAAAUAUAUUAUAUACUCAGUGCGUGCCAUAAGAAAACAAUUAAAUUGUUUAUACAUUUAAUUGUUUGCCGCAAUUACAAUUUAUCCUCGCACAAUGUUAUAUACCUCCUUUAGUCCGAUUGAUUCGGUUAGAUUUUUUUUCCUUUUUCAUUUCACAUCAUUUAUACUGUUAAAGCGUAAAAUUAAAAAAAAAAAUGAAAACCCCAAUUUUUAAUAAUAAUAAUAAACAAAAGAAGAGAAAAAUGCAAAUGAAAAAAAAAUUCUAUUGUUAAUGCAACACUCAUGGAAAUAAAUAGAAAGUUAAGACAGUUAUAACAACGUUUUCUAACGGCAUAAUAAAAGUACUUAAACAUUUUAAUGUGUAUCCAAAACAGAAAUCUCAAUUUAGAAUGCAGCACAGUGAUAUAAUAUUCUACUGAUUAUCAUAUAAACAUAAUUUAUUAAUAUUUAUAAACUCAAAACAGUUUUAACAACAAUGAGAGUGUAAAAGUCUUGAAAAAUCAUUUAGAAUUUCACGUAAAGAUCUUAUUAUUAUUAUUAUUAUAAAUAAUUUUAAUUAUUUUAUAAUUAUGAUUACUAUUAGUUAAUAAUGAAUUAGUUAUCGUUAUAUACUUGCUUAUGAAUUAAUUAGUAGUACUUUGAUGUACUAAUGUUAUAACAGCCCAUCCAUUAUCAAAAUAGUAACAGCAAAAAGUCCAUUACAAAUUUAUCAGACUUUAAAUAGUUAAUAGAAUUUUAUGCUUAUUCCUCAUGCAAUUUGCACUCACAUACUGUCCUCCAUAGAGAUUUCCAGCAGAGUGUGAUUGCAGUGUUAUUGUCAAUCAAUGACAGUAGUGAUAUAUUUAAGGCAUUAAUAAAAUUAUCAGAUGUCUGUUUUUUUCUCUCUGUGGAUUACAAUAAACUAUUUUAUUAUUCUAAA